AUGGAAACUCUAUCAGGCACAACCUGGGAUGUGGUCAUUGAUGGGACUGGGAUUUCCGAGUCUCUUCUGGCACUGGCCCUCUCACGAUCUGGAAAGAAGGUUCUUCACAUGGACUCAAACCAGUACUAUGGUGGUUCAGAUGCAGCCUUCAGUCUUGAUGAGGCCCAGGAGUGGGCAGAUAAAGUCAAUAAAGACACACACGCAUCAAUGUUCAAAGAUGUCUCAAUCUUUAAACGUGAUGCAUUUCCUUCAUCCGAGGAUACAAGCAUUUCUCUCAAACUUGCAUCUAGCCGUGCUUACACUUUGUCCCUCUCCCCGUAUUUAUUAUAUGCCCGUUCUCAACUAAUGUCAGCGCUCGUAUCCUCGAAGGUGUUUCGCCAGUUGGAGUUUAUGGCUGUUGGCAGCUGGUGGAUUUACGCACCCGAACAGCCAGACUCUGAAAAUGGCAAACUUGGCGCGGAAAAAAUUCUUUACCGCGUACCUGGUAACCGGGAGGAUGUCUUUGCUGCAACUCACAUCAGCAUGAAGUCCAAGAGAAGCCUCAUGCGACUGUUGCGUCAGAUCACCAAACCCAAGGAGGAUGACGCUUCAAAUGAAAAUGAGGAUAUGUCAAUACCCCUGAACGAUUACUUGGAUUCCAAAUUUAGCGUUCCGGAGGAACUUCACAAUCCUCUGCUGUCGCUUUCCCUGUCGCAGCUUUCUCAGCAAGAUACUUCCGCCAGCUAUGCUGUGUCCAGGAUUCAAAGACACCUGUCAUCCAUUGGCCAUCUUGGCCCUGGGUUUGGAGCUGUGAUUGCCAAGUAUGGCAGCGGAGCUGAAAUCCUGCAAGCUGCCUGUCGUGCAUCCGCUGUGGGAGGGGCUGUAUAUGCUCUGGACACAAAUAUUAAUGAUUGCUUAUGGCGCACAGGCUCUGAACAUUCCGAUCAUCGUUUUUGGUUGAACCUGGGCAACGAAGGGUCUGUUCAGGCGAAAUAUCUGUUUACCUCGAAGUUUGAUACCCCUUCAAAAGAGAGCUCGACGCCCUUGGUCGAAGUCGCCCGUUCGAUCAGUAUUGUGUCAGCUACUUUCCCGUCCCUUUUCCCUGUUGCAGUUGAAGGUGCUCCUGUGCCCGCAACUGCAGUUCUCAUGUUCCCAGGAGAUACUUUGGGCAGCCCUCAGUCUCCACCAGUGUAUCUCCAGGUUCAUUCAAGCGACACUGGCGAGUGUCCACACCAGCAGAGUGUUAUUUAUUGCAGUGUAGCACUAGCUGGGCCGGAAGGUCAAGCGCUUCUCGAGUCCGCUGUGGAUAGACUAAUUCAGGCAGAGGGUCUCCCGGCCAGCGUGCUGUGGUCCUUGCGAUAUACCCAUACCGGUUAUCUCAGCAAUGGUGAGCCCAGGCGUCUUAUUGUCACGGACGAAAUUCCUGAUUGCUACGUUUUCCCCCCAUCGAGCCUUGACCUGGCAUUCGAAGAUGACACCCUUGACCUUGUAAAAGAGGCUUGGAAGAAAGUCGUAGGAGAUGCAGUUGAUGAUGCCGAUUUCAUGAUAUUUGAUGAUCGCGAUGGUACCUCUGAUGAUUGA